UUCACUUUCAGAUCCUUAGCUAUCAAACUAUAUCCAACAUGAUUCCUUCCACUGUAGCCAUUCCGGCAAUCUUCCUUUUAACGUUGAUUUACAUUCUUACUAUCUUCUUGCGCCCAAACAAAAUUGCUCAGAAACGUCCUCCAGGACCUCUGGCCCUUCCUAUUAUCGGAAGCCUUCACUUGUUAGGCACACUCCCACAUCGCAAUCUCCAAUCUUUGGCCAAUAAAUAUGGACCCAUCAUGUUGGUGUGGCUGGGACAAGUCCCAACCAUUGUGGUCUUCUCCUCUGAAGCUGCUGAACUGUUCCUCAAGACUCAUGAUCCUGCUUUCGCAGACCGUCCCCAGACUCAGGCCAUUGAUUACCUAUUUUACGGCUCCAAAGGUUUAGUCUUUUCUAAUUAUGGUUCAUAUUGGCGUUACAUGAAGAAAAUAAGCGUCCAACAUCUUUUGAGUGCUUCAACUCAGGAGUUGAUUGGUCAUGUGAGGAGGGAGGAGUUAAAAAUGGUGGUGGAGUCACUGGAGAAUGCUGCUAAAAUGGGUGGGGUAGUGGAUAUCAGUGAGAAAGUGCAUGGGCUUUUAGAAGAUAUGGUUUAUAAGAUUAUACUGGGACGGAAUAGGGAUAGCCAAUUUGAUUUGAAGGGGCUCAUUUCUGAGGGUUUGAGAUUGUCCGGAGCAUUUAAUCUUGCAGAUAUGGUGCCUUGGUUAGGAGCAUUUGAUCUCCAGGGGCUUACAAAACGCUUCAAGAAGAUAAGAGGAGAGCUUGAUCAAUUGUUUGAAAAGAUAAUAAAAGAGCAUGAACAAGCUUCUAACUCAUACAAAGAUGGGGAUCAUAAAGAUUUCGUUGAUAUAUUAUUGUCAUUGAUGCAUCAAUACAAGGAUGAUGAUGAACAAAACCAUGAAAUUACUCGAGAUGACAUUAAGGCUACAUUACUAUCGAUGGUUAUUGGGGCAUAUGAAACUUCCGCUAUGACUAUUGAUUGGAUUCUCUCUGAACUUUUGAGGAAUCCAAGGGUGAUGAAGAAUCUACAAGAUGAGCUAGAAACUGUGAUCGGAAUGAAUAGAAUGGUGAACGAGACGGAUUUAUCGAAGUUGAAUUAUUUGAACAUGGUGGUCUUGGAGAAUUUCAGACUUCAUCCCAUUGCACCAUUCAUCCCUCGAUCAUCCACACAGGAUAUUACGGUUGGUGGAUACCAUAUAAAGAAAAAGUCACAAAUCUUCAUAAAUUUAUGGGCAUUAGGACGAGAUCCUAAGAUAUGGUCAGAUAAUACUGAUGUGUUCUAUCCAGAAAGGUUCUUGAAUAGCAGCCCAUCAAACCUUCAAGAAUAUGAUCAUCUACUUUUUUCAUUCGGAUCGGGUCGUAGAAAAUGUCCGGGAAUGCAGAUGGGGUUAACCACAGUUAAACUUGUCACAGCUCAACUUGUGCACUGCUUUAAUUGGGAGCUUCCUUCUGGGAUGAAACAUAGUGAUUUGGACAUGACCGAAUCAUUUGGCCUCACCUUGCAAAGAACUAAGCACUUGUCAGCUAUGCUAUCUCAGCGUCUACCUUUUAAUAAGGUUUACAAUGAAUGAAAUUCAUGUAAUUUUAGGGCCUUGGGACAAUGAAUAUGGUGUAUAUAUUGAUGUAAAUAAAUAAAUGUUAUAUAGAAGUUAUGGAUAUGACUAUUUAACGCUGAACAGAGAUAUUACAAAACCACUUAAGCAUCCAAAUACUUAGAUUACAAUAAUG